GCACAAUCAUUUUUAAGACAGCAUUAAACAGGAUUUGAAUCAGCGCAUUCAAGAUGAUUUCGGCUUUGUUUUACGUUACAGUGUUUUUGAUUUUUCUAAUUUGUAUUUGUGUUAGAAUUUAUGCAAAGUGGCACUGUGUUUGGUGUAGAAGCAAUGUUUAUUUAAACGGAAAAACCGCUCUAGUUACAGGGGGUAGUUUAGGAAUAGGGUAUCACAUAGUCGUUAAUCUAGCCUCGAGGGGAUGUAAAGUAAUAAUUGCUGAUAAAAUAAUUGACCAAGAAAUAAAAAAGCGAAUGAUAAAAGAAACUAAAAAUGUUAAUAUUCACUUUGAGCACAUAGAUUUGGCUUCAUUUAAAUCUGUCAGAGAUUUCGCAGAAAAACUUAAAACCAAAGAAGAUAAAAUCGAUAUUUUGAUUCACAACGCUGGAAUUGGUAAAGCUUUUGGUUGUUUGUCUGAGGAUGGUUUGAAUAUACCUAUGCAAGUGAAUUAUUACAGUCCAUUUCUAUUGACGCAUUUACUCGUAGAUCUAAUGAAGAAAUCUUCAGCGGCUAGAUUGAUUUUCACCAGCUCGGGAUUCAGUUUUUUCAAUAAUAUAAAUAUACAUAGCAAAAAUGAACACGAAGUCGAUUUAGGGACGUCUCAAUUGGAUUACCACACCUCCAAGUUCUGUUUAAUUCCAGCUGCCGAUAUUUUCGCUGAAAAAUUACGGAAAUAUAACAUAACCUCAAAUUCUUAUCAUCCGGGAGUAGUAAAAACCAGAAUGAUUGAUCAGUUUAGGGGAGAACGUAUGGGUGUUAUAGAGCACAUAGUCGGGAUAUUUUUGAAAUUUGACGCAAUGUUAGUAGGAAAAACACCUGAAGAAGGCGCUCAAACCGCUCUUUAUUUGGCGUGUUCUAACGAAGUAGAAGGUAUAACUGGAAAAUUUUUCGGAGAAGCAACGCCAAGGUUCAAACCUUUGGCAGCUUACAAUCAAAAACUUUGUAAGGCUCUAUGGUAUCAUUCCGAAAAAGUAGUUGGACUUACAACAGAAGAAAAAUUACCGUAGAGGGAUAAAAAAAAUUUAAUACGAGUAAUAACUAUAACAUUUUUUUAUGUAACUCAUACAUUACAAGUAUUUUAAGAUGAUAUUAAUUUUACUAACAUUAAAAAUAAUAAAGAAAUUUUUUUUAUUA